UUGACAUCAGUAAGUGAAUCGAAGCCAGAAAUCAAAAGUAGCUCAAGGCCCAUUGCCUGCUGGGACUAACAACACCUCAGUGCAACUUUCUUGGACCUCGAACUCCAGUUUACUCUGUAGAGAUGCACCCUGGUCAAAAUGAAAUCAAUCCUGUGCCUCCUCAGGUACCUGUGAUUAUGCCUGCCCCUUACAGACCCCCAAAUUGCCCAACUGGUCUUGAAUACCUGACUCAGGUAGACCAGCUUCUGAUCCAUCAGAAUGUUCACAUUGCUGAAAUUGUUCUCAACUUGGAAACUCACAAUUCUUACACUGUAAAGAACAGUGUAGGACAACAGGUGUUUGCAGUGGCAGAAGAGAAUGACUGUUGCACACUAAUGUUCUGCGGCCCGGACAGACCUUUCACCCUUCAUCUCAAGGACAAUCUUGGACAGGAAGUGGUGACAGUCACACGUCCCCUGAAUUGCAGCCUUUGCUGCUUCCCUUGCUGCUUACAAGAGCUGGAGGAACAGAGCCCUCCUGGUUGUCCUAUAGGGUACAUAAUACAGGAAUGUCAUGUUUAUCUGCCUAAAUUCAUCAUACUGAACGAGAGGAGGGAGCCCCAGCUUCGGAUCCAAGGACCGCUUAUGGCCUGCAGCUGGUGGGGAGACAUCAACUUUGAGGUGAAGUCCCUGGAUGAGUCAGUGGUGGUUGGACAGAUAAGCAAGCAGUGGACUGGAUGUAUACAGGAAGCUUUCACUGACACAGACAAUUUUGGAAUCUCUUUUCCCAUGGAUCUGGACGUCAAGGUCAAAGCUUCUCUGCUUGGUGCCUGCUUUCUCAUCGAUUUCAUGUUUUUUGAGAAACAGAAGGGAUCAAAUGAUUAGGGGACUGAUGUAUUUGUCCACUAAAUAUUUAAAUGUGUUGUUUUUAGUUUAGGGUUAGUUGUUUUUCAUUCAUUUAUUUAGUCUAUAUGGAUUUUUUUGUGUGUUUGUAUUUUGUAUUGUGUUAUGACCGUCCUGUUAAAUGCAUUCAAAGGUUAUUACACCUUAUUUUUUGUGUUUAUUGUAAAAAGGUUUUACAAAGUGUAAAUUAAGACAAUUACAAUGCAAUGAAUAUGCUUAAGCCUUAAAAUCGAUUACAAUUAAAACAUUUAAAUAACAAGAAGUGUUUGAUGCAAUAUUGAGUCACAUUUUUUGUUAAUAUUUUUGUUAUGUUUUUCCAGCAUGCAUAGAUUAAUAUUGCAGAAGAUUAGGAAAUAGAUCAAGCAGGGGCGAAUCUAGGUUCCCACUUUUGGGGGGUAAAACCUAUAAUUUUUCCUGUGACCCAGAAAAACUGGCUAAUGAAACUUUUGUAGGGCUAGAUUCGCCCAUGAGAUCAGGCAUACUCCGCCCUCAAGUGUAAUUAGCCUGCCUCUAAAAGAACAAUGGGCUCACAUGUUUCUAUCAUGGACCUUCCUACAGGAAAAAGAAAGCGCAAUUUUAAAUUUAGCAACGUGAAUUAAGUAACAGCAAACCUGAACAUAUUACAGGGCAGAACAUUUACAUGCAUUCAUUUAGCAGACGCUUUUAUCAAAAGCGACUUCCAAGAGAGAGCUUUACAAAAAUGCAUAGGUCAAUGAUCAUAAAAGACGAGAUAGCCCCAAAAACAUUGCGGGUAACCAAAACAUGAAGCAUACAAACAUGAAGAACAUCCACACCCUCUGAAAAAAAUUUGCCUGUCUUCGCCUUGCUCGGAUCACUGCUGCCAUUGAAUAAGGUAAAUUUGUACACACGGGAAAACGCGCUCCUGGUUUACACC